AUGGUUUCUGUCAAACUCGCCCAACUUAUCUCGAUCACCGUAUUUGCAUCCACCUGCAUGAACAUCCAAGCUGGCACCCUCACAACUAGAACCAUCGAAAUUCCCAAAACCUCCGAUACGUCAACAGUUGCUUUGGAUCCUUCUUCCGGCAAGCCCGUUGGUUUGUCAGAAAAUUUGAUUACUGGAGAAUCCAAAGCUCUGCGAGUCGAAGGAUCUCCUGGUUCUUCCAACGGGUCAAAAGGCAAGAACAUUAACGGCGCCAAGCAGAAGAAAACCAGGUCAUUAGCUUCGAAUAAGAGAAGUUCCAGAACUUCAUUAUCACGAAGGGAUCAGCAAUCAACAAGUGUUACCCCGCCGAAAAUCAAGGAAGUUGUUAGCGGUACCCAAGAAACUGGAAGGAAACACGGGGCAAAGAAGUCAGCGAUGGGCAAACGAUCAAUAUCCUCAGCUAACUCGCCAGAAGCGCCCGCAGUCGCCAGACCAGCUCUUGUGCCCGAGGUGCCGCUGCGCAGACGAUUAGAAUCUUCAAGUGAAACAGAAAACGAGGCGAAACCCAAAAAAACCAGGCCGAUGACACCGAGGCCUAAGCUGACGAAGCGGAAGGAGAACGAAGCCACUUCGACGAAGCUUACCGAGGGACAAGAAACAAAGGAAGUGCCAAAGAAGGGAGGCUUAAGGUCCUUCCUCAAGAACGUGGUCAGCGGUGGCGACGGGGUUGUCACUGGAGCAAAUGACAAGGGGAAAGGCACAACCUCCCAGAAACCUGACGGUGAUACUGGAAAACUUAGCCCUCCUCCUCCACCAAAGGUCCACAAUGACGACUGA